AUUUUGUGCAAAUUAAUUUUACCAUUUGUUGUUUUCACUGACGCGGAUCGCUAAUCAAGGCGCGUUCCUGGUUUACCUUAUACAAAUAAUUGCUGUACAGGGUCACUGUAAAAGAACAACAACCAAACACAGCUUUGAUGUUAAGACAAAAUAAAACAAAAGUGAAAGUAUGUUGACGACAUUUAUGGAUUUAAAAUUAUGACAUGUAUCCGUAUAAAUUGAGAAUGUUGACAAUUCAUAGAUGUUAAACUGGAUUAUAUUUUCUUCAAUUAAACAAUGGCAACAACAACAAAUAUGAGUAAUCAGUUUAUAAUGAACAAUCUAAACAAUGGUCGCUCUCGGCAGGAUCACAACACAUCCAUGGUUGCUGGUAAACCACCUUCGCGGCUCUCACCCAGGGUCAUGGUGGGAUUCGAACUCAAUAUUUUGAAAUCGCAAAGUGGUUCGAGUAGUGCAGGGUCAUCUAGACAUGUUUCCCCGGUGUUAUCAAUGUCGGGACUGGCGAGUUUGAGAUCACCUACAUACGGAUCGGAUACAUCAUUGUCUCCUCCAAGACUCAGUUCCGGAAGUCGAUCCGGAAAGAUUUCAUCAAGAAUUGAGAAUCAACUAGAUGCCUAUAUGAAAUGGAUAAAUUCACAGUUGAAGAAGAAGCCUGGGGCAAGAUUAGUAGAGGACCUCCGUUAUGACACACGGGAUGGUGUUGCUUUUAUACACUUAAUUAGUGUUAUAGAAUUGAAUGAUAUAUGUUUUACAGAUAAAGAUAGUGGUACAGAGUUAGAAGACACUGUGUUUACCCCAGGGCGUGGGGACAUGGUUAAGAAGGCACAGUAUGAUGAUCUAAUGUCAGAAUAUUUAAAACUUGCGGAGGAUAUGACUGUGAUAAAAAAAGAUUUGUCCCAAUUACAGGACCUGUUAUUGAGUGGCCAGCCACCAGAUGGGGAGGAAUCUUCUACACCUGUUGAUAUUGUUGAAGGAACUACAUUAGAGCAACAAAUUGUGAUAUUACGCAGUCAGUUACAGCAAACCAAAGAAGUCAAUAGUAGUUUACGAGAAGAAUUAUCUAAAAAUAAAUUAGACUUGAUGCAGAUACAAGGUGUCAAGGCUGGCCUUCAGCAGAGAAUAACUGAUCAGGAAACUACCAUCUCCCAGUUAAAAGCAGAAUUAUUACGCAGAGAUUUCCAGAAACAAAAUUUUGAUUCUGAACAGACUAAUGUAUCUAAACAGUUGCGAGACAAAGACAAGAUAAUCUCAGACCUUAAAAAAGAUUUAGCAAGAAGAGAACAAAAGAUAGACCAUAUUCGUCAUGACUUUCAAAUGCAGUUAUCAGAAAAGGAAAAUUCUAAUCAGACAUUGAAACAACAAAUGAAAGAAUUAAAUGAUAGAUUUAAAGUAGUAGAUGAAACAGGGGCAUCUUUGAAGGCUCGUGUAGCUACACAAGAUAAACAGAUGGCUCGACUAGCAGGACGUAUCCUACAUACAAAGAAUGAACAAGUGCGACCCCCUCCUACUGGUGCUGAUGAAUAUGGUGUUUUACGAGAAUCUUUAUCCAGUCUACGUCAGUGCUUCCAUAAUACAGACCCCCAGCAACAUACAUUAGAUACUAUAGAACAGUGGAUAUCUACAAUUACAGAACGUCUCUCAAAUCUCAGUAAUACCUCGUCUAAAACAGAUGCACAUUCCUUAAAUAGUUCGUAUGAGCAGCACGUAUCUCGUAAGUUAAACUUUGAUGGUACGGGUGACAUACGUAGAAACUUUGACGGUACUGGAGAUGUACGUCGGUCACCUAUUACAGCAAUACCAGGUAGUAAACAAUCAAGUUUUAACCCCAGCAAGUUAGAUAGUCCCCCAAACCAAAACUACACCAAAGUCCUAUACUUUACUGAAAGUGCCACAACUCCUUCCAUGCUAACAAUUUACAAACGAUUGGGAGAGAUAACUCUACAUGAUUUUAAAGGGUCAUUUGACAGACCAGGUCAAUAUAGAUACCAUUUUAAAGCAUUGGAUCCAGAAUUUGGAACUGUAAAAGAAGAGAUAUCAAAUGAGGAGAGUGUAAUACCUGGAUGGGAAGGGAAAAUUGUUGCAUGGAUUGAGAAAGACACUGGACAGUAGUGAUUACUGUUAUAGAACUUAACAAAUUGUUAAUAUGAGUUUUAAUGCUUGUUAUUGUAAUAUAAACAUUAUGCCAUAUUUGUUCUAAUACAUGUAAUUGUUUCAAGUUGCGGAUGUUUGAAGAGAUAAAAAAAAAUAGUAAUUGGAAAUUUUAACUUCUGCAUUUUGCUCUGUGAAAUAUAAAGGUAUAUAAUCUAAAGAAACUUUUUUUUCAAGUACUUUUUAAAUUGUAAAUCAAGUAAAAUUUGUCAAGGUGGACUUUUUAUUUUAACCUUAUGCAUCUUAAAAAAAACUUUACACCAACAAAUGCUUGAAAUUCCUAGCAAAAUAUUACAAAGUCCAUUUAAAUCAAUUUUAGCUAUUUUCACAUUUAUAAAUGAUGUGCUUAUGUUAAAGUUAUUAGUGCUUUCUGUCUGGAAAUGCCAGAUUUUAUAAGUCCAAUAUAAAACAUUGCUCACAAUAGAAGUUUAUUGACUUUCCAGAGAAUGUCAGAUCUAUAUUGAAGCUAAACCUGUCUGUUGUGUUUGGAUACUUUUUACAUUUGCUUUUGCAUUCAAUGUACGGUAUAUAUAGUUUCUGCAUUUAUUUAGAAUAUAACAGCUGAUAUGUACAUUUGUCUGUGUACACAGCUGUUACACUUGUCUGUGCACACAGCUGUUACACUUGUUUGU